CCCGCCCCUCCUCGGGCAGGCCCCGCCCCGCUGCGGGGGAAGAUGGCGGCGGCGCUGCGGCGGUUGCGGUGGGGCGGCGGCGUCCCCGGCGGAGCGCGGGGGUACUCGAGGGAUGCCGAAGGCAGCUGGUUCCGCUCCCUCUUCGUGCACAAGGUGGAUCCCCGCAAGGACGCCCAUUCCAACCUCCUCUCCAAGAAGGAAACCAGCAACCUCUACAAGAUCCAGUUUCACAACGUGAAGCCGGAGUGUCUGGAGGCCUACAACAGCCUUACAGAGGAGGUGCUGCCCAAGCUCCACUCGGACGCCGACUACCCCUGCGACCUGGUGGGCAACUGGAACACAUGGUAUGGCGAGCAGGACCAGGCAGUGCACCUCUGGCGCUUCUCGGGGGGGUACCCGGCCCUCAUGGACUGCAUGAACAAGCUCAAGCAGAAUAAGGAGUACCUGGAUUUCCGCAAGGAGAGGAGCCGGAUGCUGCUGUCCCGCAGGAACCAGCUGCUCCUGGAGUUCAGCUUCUGGAACGAGCCCCUGCCCCGCCAAGGACCCAACAUCUACGAGCUGAGGACCUACAAGCUGAAGCCAGGGACCAUGAUUGAAUGGGGCAACAACUGGGCUCGGGCCAUUAAGUACCGGCAGGAGAACCAGGAGGCGGUCGGCGGGUUCUUCUCCCAGAUCGGGGAGCUGUACGUCGUGCACCACCUCUGGGCCUACAAGGACCUGCAGUCCCGGGAGGAGACGAGGAACGCGGCCUGGACGAAGAGGGGCUGGGACGAGAAUGUGUACUACACGGUGCCGCUGAUCCGGACCAUGGAGUCGCGGAUAAUGAUUCCCCUCAAGAUCUCACCCCUGCAAUGAGCGGGGGGUGUCCACGCCAGGGGUCUGCCUGCGCCCCAGGGCGGGGGGCUCGCUCCCUGCCUGUGCCUCGGCCCUGCUGGGGAAGGGCUGGGGGGGGGGGGGUGUCUCUGCUCCGCCGCAGCGCCCAGCUCUCCUUCCCUCCUCCACUCCAAUAUGAGGGGCUCUGUGGGGGAUGAGAGCGGGGAGGGGUCUGCAGCCGGGAGCCCCCCACCCUGCAGCAAGUCCCCCAGAGGGGUAGGGGAUGGCGCUGCCCGGGGAGGGGCUGGGCAGGCUGCGGAGGUUGGGGGGGGUAUGUCUUAAUUAUUCCUGAUGGGACCAGUGGGUGCCUUUGCUGCCAAUUAAAUAUUUAAUAUGCCAAAACCUGGCCUUCUCUGGGGGGAGGGAGGGGCGUCUGGGGGUGCUCGGCCCCCCAGGACAAGGAGCAGACCCCUCACCCUUGUGUUGCCCAGGGGGACACCCCGCUCUGUGCCAUUGGUGCCCCCUGCACCGAGGGGGGGGACACCCUGCAGCAAAAGACCCCCACCCCUGGGUGCCCCGAUACACCGAGGUUCCCCCCCAAGCUCCUGUUUGCCCCCAGCGCCACUGGGGACCCCAUACCAUGC